AUGGUCGUCCAACAAGCAGAGUUACGUGCUCCCGGUAGCAGUGGCCGUGAAGCCAGAGAUGGCUCUCCUACGAGAAAAGUCCUUCCUAGCAGCGGCAGACGUACACCUAGUGGUGGUGCAGAACAUUGGUACUACUUAUUGCAAUGAGCAGUUUCUUCUGAGUUUUCUCCUCUAAAUGAACCUAAAAAUGGCUCUUGAAAAGCUGCAUGUGUACUCCUCUAGAAUCUUCAGUGGCUUGUGUUGGACUUCGUGCAAUGACUUGCUUUCUUGUCAGUCUAUGCAUCCUCUCCCGCUAUCCGCUUGUUCUUUCAUUCAGGUUCGCCGGUUUCUCUGUUCCUUCGCAUGACAUCAGAGCUGCGUCGCAAGUACACCGCCGGCGACCCGGUUCUGUCCCCAUGCUGAACUUGAUCAGGGAAAGCCGCAUAGGCUUCGCGCCCAAGGAUGUCAGGGAGUACCGUGGCAGCGGCAUGCUGCGUCGGCCACUGCGUUCCUCUGGCGACGACUGCUGUAGCAGAACUUGCAGUGAUGGAGGCUGGUUCGGUUCUUGGUUCGGAAAUAACUCCUCAGCCAGGGAAGACGAGUGGGCCUUCAAUCUGAGAAGUGGUCAAUGGGCACGCGCAGACGUAGGGGCUACAGGAGUUGCAUACAGUGGGCAAACGAACUACAAUACGCACGUGAAGCGCAUGGUCCUCAACAGUUCUUUGACGAAGUCCUCAAAUGGAAAAGUUCUCGGCGCAUUGCAAUUAUCUCAAAGUAAAAGUAGGAAAACCAGAAAUGGAGGCGGACGCAGAGGAAGUCAAACCAAAGACGGUGGUAGUGCCGACACCACGACCGAAACCGAAAGUGCUUCUGAAGACAUCGUUCUUUCUGAAGAACAGAUAGGGCACCUCCAACUUGAGGAGUUGGUAGCUGAAUUUCCUAUGGACCCGAAGAUCGUGCUGAAGGGCUCGUUGACCCAAAUAUUCCCCGAUGGUGGGCCUUCUGUUGAACGAUUUUUGGUUUUGCUUCAGGAUGGACGCGUUUUUCAGUUCAAGGAUACAGGAGAGUUCGAAGUUCAAAUGACAGCAUCUCGUACGUCGAAGAAAAGCAGCAGUUACGCGAACGGAUCUCCUAAGGGAAAACAAGGCGAUAGCACAAACAAAGAUCUUCAAGAAGUAGACGCAGGAGUCGAUUUGUCUCUGGGAGGUUCUCAGGCUAUGACCUCUGCAGGUAGUACUCUGUUUUCGAGUACAACAGCACGGAGCACACUACGAAAAGAUGGGCAACAUUAUAAUAGAGGAUCUUCCGAUAGAAAAACCACAGACAUAGGCUGCUUGGCGGAGGCAAUCUAUCCGAUGGCGCCUCUAGGUAAUUGCAGGGUUGCGCGAGGUCUAGAACGCGGAACUUUCGAGAUUCUGGACUGGAGAGGACACGUCAUUUCUAUUUUCGAAGGUGCACCUGCGGAAGGGAAAGAGACCACCGCUGCUGAAGAGACCACCGCUGCUGAAGAGACCACCGCUGCUGAAGAGACCACCGCUGCUGAAGAGACCACCGCUGCUGAAGAUACCACCGCUUAUGGAGAGAAAAUGAACACGACACCUACGGAUAACGCGAUGACAGGAGAUGAGGCACAACAAGGAGAAGAGAUAGUAGAGUACCGUAGUCAGAAUCCUAGCACAGAGGCGUGGUUACAGGCACUGGCAGAAUGUGAGUAAAGUUUAAGUCAUUUAUUAUAGCAAAUUGUGUGCAGGUGAAAGAUUUAGGACAGACCUGACUUCUGUACAUCGACGUCCUCGUAGUAAGGUGUAAAAAAUGUUGAUUCAUCCAUGUUUGACUUGUUCUCCGAAGUGGAUACAAUACCAUUUCAAUGAUGAAGAUGGUGGACCCCACAACCCUAUUUCAAGAUUGACAUAGGUGGAACAAAACAGCCACGUUGUGAAAAAAGGACACACGCCGUCGACGGCGUGCGGACACUAUUGAUUUGAGGAAGGGAAUCGCUGUUCAAAGUGUGCUUGCUCCGAUGAACACGGAUUGGCAACCACAAGAGCUAUGGAUGUAGUUUUUUCCAUUUUUCAGAUCAUCUAGGCUGCUCCUUUUGAAGUUUUCAUUCCAAACGAAGGAUUGGAGGUUGCUGUCUCUUCCGCUUUGAUCUGUAUGUUCAUCACAUCAAUGUGCA